UGCGCAGGCUCACUGCGGCUGCUUUUCUUGCCUCUCUCCACAGAGUUCGAAGCCAAAGCUGCAGACCAGCUGCUCAGAGAUCCAAGAAAUCCGUCCCUGCACUCGCCUGGAGAUGCCGGACCACGCAGACACCUUUGUCCUCAAGAUGCUGAAGGUGAACACCUCCAUGGAUGUUGUAUUUGAGGCUGGAGAUGACCAGCAACUGCGUUCCUGGAUGUGUGAAAUUAAAGAGUGUCUCCAUCGAGGGUCAGAAGGCGCUGACGUUGAGCUGAUCUCGGACUCUCACUCGGAGGCUGUGACUGCAAGCCCCACAACCAGCAGCACGGACUCCCUGAACCAAGGGGCAAUGCCACCCAGCCUCCCAGACCAGAACGGCCAGAAGACUGACCACUACCUGACAUCCUUCCCCUGGUUCCAUGGCCCCAUUUCUCGAGUCAAAGCCGCUCAGCUGGUUCAGCACCAGGGCCUUGACGGACAUGGGGUUUUCCUCAUCCGACAGAGUGAAACCCGCAGGGGAGACUACGUCCUCACUUUCAACUUCCAAGGAAGAGCAAAGCACCUACGGCUCUCCCUAACCGAGAGGGGCCAGUGUUGUGUCCAGCACCUGCACUUUCCUCCCAUUUUGGACAUGUUGCACCACUUCCAGCUUCCCAUCCCCCCUGAGUGCGGAACGGCCUGCAACGUACAGCUGUCCAGCUAUGUAGUGGGUUCUUCCACAUGCCAAG